CGAGGCGGGCGGACCGGGAUCCCCGCCCGGCCGGGGCGGGCGCAGGGCCCGGUGUGCGGGCCGGGAUGCUCGGUUGCCCGCUGAGGAGGGGCAGGUGGGGGCUCCCCGCGCUCGGGCAGCGGCCUUGCCGGUGCCUGCGUACCGAGUAGACCGAGGCUUCGUUGAGCCCUGGUCGUGUCCUGAGCUCCCCGGUGACCCCAUGCAAGACCAAAGCGCUCUGCUGUCGCUGGCAGGGAUCGGCGGUGGGGUAAAGCCCUGGUGACCUUGACCUGCUCAGGAGUUACUGCAGAUGUCAUUAGUGACUGGUUGGAGACAAUAGCAAACCCCUGUCUUUUGUGUGGUCUUUAGCAGCAAGCGUUUACAGCGUGGGUUUACAUGACUACCCAUUUUUCUCCCCUGCUCUCAUGUUUCUGCUCUCUGGAGGUGAUAAUGUGGGCUCUUCUCUUUACAGCACUGGCCAGAGCAGCGAUAACUGGGUUGCCUGUGUUUCAUGUACUCACCUCUUGCAUUACUGAGACUCCUGAGCUUCCACUGUGGUUUCUGGGAAGGUUCUCAAAGACCUACCAGGCUUCAGUGUUUUUUGUGCUUGGUCACGGUAAUGCAAGAUGAGGCCUUCAGCUGAAACAAGACAGGCUGGGCCUCAGCAGGUGUUCAGCUGGUUGGGCUGAAACUUAGGUUUCUCCAUCUUGUGUUUUAUUUUAGCUGCAUGAGAACAUACUAACAUAUACCUUAAUGCAUCGUGGAGCAGGUUGGCAGUGUCAUCCCGGUAAUUUUUAGCUGAGGUAGCCUUACCCGCUACAUUUUCUCAUCAUGCUGGGAUGAAGGCUUAGUUUGAGCUUCUGGAGGUGUGAAAUAAAACACACAAUGCUUCAGUCUUGGACUGCAUGCUGCUCUGACAAAAUGAAUCCCAGGCCCAAGGGUUGUUGUAGCCCCCAGGGACCACAUAGCUCAUACAUGUGCCAAAAUAGAAGUAACUGAACUGCAUGUUGCUUAAAUUUUGAUGGGUUGGAUGUGUAUGGAAGCCUAUUUUGGUUUGAAAUAGGAUGCUCUUCACAGAUGUGUGUCCAUAGUUAGACGUGCUGUGAAGCAAUGCAAGAUCUCAGUUUUGCUCAUUCCAUGACUUAAGUUCCUGUUUCCAUCCAGGUCAGUUAAACUGUAGAGUUUGCAGCUGAGACAGGGCAGCUGUCUCGAAGAUGGGAGCCUGGGUGUGGGGGUGAUUCCAGACAUACCUUUAUUUGGGGAGAAACAUGAAACUGAAAUUCUGCCUGCUUGUGCUGGAGGCCCCCAGGGCCCUGACCCCUUGUCCUGUCAUGGUCUCCUGUUUUCUGAUUGAAACUGUGUCCUAUUCCAUGAACAGAAAUAGAAAACUGGCUCGGCUGUGUCCUGUUCCCGGACGCAGUGGGAGGACCGGGCGUGCAGAGGAGAAUGGCAGUGUAACUUCGGAGCAAUGUGUGUCAUGCCAGCAGUACCUACUGCCUUUAUAAAGUGAUGGAGUGAUAGCCCAAGCAUGCGAGCGAGGGUUUUAGCAACGUGUCGGCUUUGCUUUGAUGGGGUUAUUUCCUGCAGGGUGCAGGAACUCAGUGAGGUAGUUGGUAAUUUUUUUCCAGUUUUGGCUUAGCUCAUACUUUUCUGCCUGUAGGAAGAACAAGUCAGUGUCAAAGUGCAGGGCUUGUAGUAGAAGGAAGAAACAAUAAGCCCAUUCUCUCCAUGUCCCUUGCUAUUUAGCUUCAGAACUUGACCCGCUUUGCUGGCAGCGUGAUGCUUCUGUAGCAAAUACAUCAUCAGGCCUGAUUUGAUCAUGUACCCACCAGCUCUUGAACUUGCCUAACUUGUUGAAAAGGAAUGCCGAGGGGGAAAAAUGUUCUACAAACCCAAUAAUACAUUCAUUUCUGAAAAUGUAUUCCUUUGUUAUAGAUAGCCCGAGCCAAAGCACAGCAGCGUGUGUGGUCAGUCACCUCAGUGGAAUAUUUGAAAUGGACAGUGGAACCAGCAGAAAAGUAUGCCUAGGAUAAACACAUAAAAGCAGAGAUGAGCUAGCGAGAAAACGGGGCCCAGACUUGAUCUUUCUUAUUGCCUGCAGCACGAUGUUUGUUCUGACUGGGCACUGUGAAGUGUAAACCCAGGUCCCACUGGCACCAGCACUCACCUCUGCCUUUUCUAGAAGCAGAUCAGUCCAUAAUGCCUGAAGUGCGAGACCUCUCCGAUGCCUUGCCCGACUUGCCGAUGGAUCCCAUCACCGGUGUUGGUGUGGUUGCAUCCCGGAACCGAGCACCUACAGAUUAUGAUGUAGUUGCACAAACAGCAGAUGGCUUGGAUGCUGACCUCUGGAAAGAUGGCUUAUUUAAAUCCAAGGUCACACGAUACCUGUGCUUCACGAGAUCGUUUUCAAAAGAAAAUAGUCAUUUAGGCAAUGUCUUGGUUGAUAUGAAGCUCAUUGAUAUCAAGGACACUUUACCGGUGGGCUUCAUUCCCAUCCAGGAGACCUCUGAUACACAAGAAACAGCUUUCAGGAAGAAGAGGCUGUGCAUUAAAUUCAUCCCUCGAGAUUCUACAGAGGCAGCGAUCUGUGAUAUCCGAAUCCUGGGUAGAUCUAAACAGGCCCCUCCUCAGUACACCUUCAUAGGGGAGUUGAACAACAUGGGCAUUUGGUACCGGAUGGGCAGAGUUCCACGCAACCAUGAGCCUGCGCAGCCUGAAACUCCUCCUUCACAAGCACCAUCUUCAACACCCGCUCCUAACCUGCCAAGGCAUAUCUCGCUGACGCUCCCUGCCAGCUUUCGAGGGAAAAGUCACAGCACUCGCCUGGACUUGGAGCACCAGCACUCGAAUUUGUACGCCAUAUCAGCAAUGGAUGGAGUGCCUUUCAUGAUUUCAGACAAGUUUGCCUGUGCUCCUGAAGGGAUGCAGCCAGUUGAUCUCUUGGGCAUCACAAUCAAAACCCUUGCAGAAAUCGAAAAGGAGUUUUGGUGGGAUGUGAGGGCCAAGACCAGGGAUGCCUUUUCCUCUGCUCUCAAGCUGCCCAGGAAGGCCAAGGAUGCUGCAAAAGAUGGGACCUGAUUCCAGGCACAGGAAGAAUAAAGAAAUGGGAGCAGAAACAUCACUAGAGUUGGACGAGUGGCUGUGAAGCUUCAACUUCCUGGUGAACAGCAGUGAUCGCCUGUGGCCCUGGCUGGUCUCUUGGCUGACCAAAGCAGCUACAGUCUGUCCAUGGAUCUGAGGGGUCAGCUUGAGAGGUGACAGCAUCAUCACCCUGUAGGUAAUGUGUGGGUUUUGUCCUUGGAAAUGAGAUGUAAAAAGCUGUGGAAUGUCUGUCCACAAUGUCUCUCUCAGAAGGUGUGCUGCAAAGUCAAAACACAGAACUCAAAAUAGCUUAACUUCAGCGUUUUCUGGAGCCAGGGACCACACGUGGCUUCCUCACAAGCCAUGUCCCAAAUGCAUGUCUCAGUAAGUAUGCCACUAUAGUAAAUGACAGCAGCAUCAGUGAAACACCGUGUUUAUCCUCUAUGAAGUUUAACAACUUCAGUCACUCAUAAUUAUAUCGGCUGCAAAAUUUGCAUUGCAUGUAAUUAGGAGGAAGUCAAGUCAAAGUCAUGGAGUUGGCCUCAGCUUGGAAAAGCUGUUGCAGGUUUGACUUGUCAGCAUCAGCUUUCUGUGUUGUUUUUAACAUGUGCACACUGGUUGCAUGCCUGCUCCUUCCCCCGCCCUUCUGUACCAGCAUACUGCCCCAUGCCAGGGAUGCUGGUGCCACUGCAGUUCAGGGUGGCUCUUGCUGAGAGCAGCAAUGGACCACUGCAGCCACAUGCAGUAGAUCACAGCAGCAUGCAGUGGGUGACAGCGGCAUGCACCUUGCAUGGUGUUUCACACCUCCCCACCUCAGGCAGGGCUUUCCCCACCCCAGCAGCACUGUGGCUUGGAGCUGAUGGGACAGAGGCUGUGCAUGGAUGGGGAGGGAGAGUUGCUGCAGGCUGAGUGGCUCUGCCUAGCUCAGGACUCCAUGGUCUUAUGUCUUAGAAAUAUUAUAAAGUGGGAUUCUGCAGAAAUAAAGAGGGUUUUUAUAAUUAACUCUGAAAUACAGCCGUGUUUUAAGAGAGGCAGUUAAGGGUGGAAGCGUGAGCUGCAAGGGAGGUGUUGUGCUUUUAUGACCGAUGUGUCCUGCGUGGCCUUGCUUUGCUGGCACUCUGCCGAGCACUGAGUGGUCUAAGGGCACUGCAGGGAUGCUGCUGGGGCGGGCUUCAGCUCGAGCGAUGGGAGCUGGUGCCUGCUGUUCAUGCGGUGCCAGGGGGUGAAGUUCCUUUGGCCAGUGGGGAGAUGCCUCAUUAUGGGCAGGACAGGGCAAAACCUGGUGCAGGGACUGUGCUGGUCACAGAGCCCUUCCCGUGGGGUCCUGCUGCAGUGGCUGCCGGGCUGGUGUCAUUGCAGACAGGUACCCACAUGGCCAGUGGCAGUAAGCCGUGGGAGGGGAAGCAGACUUCUCAGCUAGAGGGAGGCCAAUAGCACAGCAUUAAAACUGAAAAUGGUUUUUCUUUGUGCUAACUUAUUCUUCUGGACUUGACCCAAGCUGGUGGUGCACAAUGCGACCUCUGGCAUCUUCUCUCACCCCAGCCAAUAUUUCUGUCUCACUUAUUUUGAGUGGUCUUUGAAUUAAAGGAGAUUAAUACCCAAGUUCCCGACAUUCUCUUCAGGCACAUGUUUUUAUAACCUCCUUUUCAAAGUGAGUACCACUUGUUCCACCAAAACCUAAGGAACUGCAUCUUGGAGCUGCUGUGGGAGCCGUCACCAGCACCUGAUUGAAUAUCCCGGCCAGGGAGGAAACGGCGCAGGGGGGACAUAAACCAGAGUGGGCCUGUCCUGCACACCAGCUCGCAGGCAUGUGAGCUGCCUCGGAGCCAUCGCCAAGAGAGUGAUGCCUGCGGACAUCAAAGCCACUUCUGCCUAUUUAGCUGCUGCCACGGGACAUGGGCUCGGAUCUGUGGCAUGGGAAAUGGCAUGGGGCUGCGCAUCCGCUGCCUGGGAAUACAGCCGAGCUUCCAGGCAUGCCUGCCAGGGAAGAGCCUCAUCCCCAGCCCUUGUUUUGCUUUUCGUAUUUCCUAAUUCAGCUGCUCAGACUUCUGGGGUAAUUAUUGAAUGUUUAUAAUACAUUAAUGCUUCACCAAAUCUCUGUGCUGUUUCUGCAGUUUUUCUCCCAAAACAGCCAUAACCUAAAGAGCUGCUUUUAGUGGUGGUGAGCUGGAAGGGGAUCUCCAUCGUGAGGAGCAACAGCAAUGCUCAAAGCCUGGAGAAGCAAAGGCAUCCUCCCCCCUUUUCCCUGCCUACCCCUAUCAGCCCCUCCAGAUACUGUGUGGUGCUUUGGCUGGAGGUGUGUUGCUCACGGACCGAAGCUGGAGCAUCGACCUACUGUUCAAAAACACAGAUUGGUGGAGAUGAUAAAAACAGACAGAAAGAAAACCCAGAGCCUCACCUGCCACAUUCCUCGGUGCCAUCAGAGGCCGAACCAGUGCCUGAACAGCAUUUCCUUUGUUAGGAUAACAUAAAUCCAUCCACUGAACCAUCCUUCGCCCCUCACCUGGAUAUCUCUGCUAUUUCACUUCCUCCUCUUGCAUUUGUUCCUUGUUGGACAAACAAAGGGGUUUUCUGGUGCCAAGCAGCCGUUUGUCCCCAGCGAGGUGUCUGGUUGGCCAUUCCUGCCCCAGGGAAAUCCUCCUUUUGUCAAAGGGGGAAGCAGCAGGCGCAAGGGCUGGCAGGAGCCAGCCGCGGUCCCUGCGGCGUUAGAGGGUUGUGUUGGGCUUUGUGUGCCUGUGGCUUGGUGGUGGUGUUUGUUUUCUUUUCCCCCUCUCCCUCCUACAGCUUUAAAAAUUAACUUGCCUGGGGAGUUUCUCAAACUCUUUUCCUUUCUCUGGAAUGAUGGAUAAGCCAUGUAACUGAUUGUCAUGGCCCUGGAGAGGAUAAACAUCUUCUGCAGUUUAAAAUGAAGCCUCCCCGCUUCUUGGUUAAUAAGUGUUGAAAGAAGCAUAAAUAGAGCUAACACAGGAUUUCCAUGACUAACAAGAUGACCACAUCAGUGAAUGUUGUUUGGGGUUAAAAAUGACUCAGCUUUUGCUUCCCUAGGGUAAGAUGUUUUAUCCCAGCGCAGGAAAGGCUGCCAGUGGUACUUUGAAGGCCUGGCAAACGGCGUAGCCGGGAUUGCGAACUGGGAAGUGUUUGAAUGCAGAGUUAAACAAAAAGGGAGUCCUAAACUCCGCUCCAUGUGUGCAGAUUUCUUGAAGAUAAAGGAGCCCACAGCUUUAUCCCGCUUGUGCUGACUCUUUUCUUUUCAAAAGCCGUUUCAGAUGUUUUCACUUUUCUGCUUGCUUUGUUGAAAGAUGUAAAAAUUGAAGACAACCACAAAGUAAACAUCUCAAAACUUUCUGUGCUGGAAAUUAGUGACAUUUCAAAAUCCAUCAAGCUCUGUUUCUGCACUCUCCCCAAAUGGAGAUGUUUGGGGGUUGGUUUUUCUUCACUGACAAACUUUCCAGGCCGGUUUUUGUUUAUCGAUCACCUUUCCUUUCUUUUUCAAAGCAAAUAGAUUUAUUAUUCGGUAGAAACACGAGAUAAGUAGAUGUCUUGUCAAAAUAAAACAGGUUUUCUUUAUUAGAGUGAAAUAGUAAUGAACUCAUCUGCUUCCAAUAUUUAUAAAGAGUAGGGAGGGCCAUUAAUUCUACUGCUUGUGAAUAAAACCAUCUGUGAUUUCUUUCCA